CUGGCGAAGCUCAAGACAGCCCCCGGCCACCACCUCCAACCCAGGCUCCACACAAUCUGAAACCAACCCUAAUGUCUUCUCCUUCUUCCGCUUCUUCUUCCUCUUCUUCUUCUUCUUCUUCUUCUUCUGACCUCAUUCCUAAUCUCCCAGACGACGUCGCUUUGCAAUGCAUAGCCAGAGUCCCCAGGUCUCGCCACCCCCACCUCUUACUUGUGUGUAAAUCGUGGCGCUCCAUUCUCAGCUCCUCAGACUUUUUUUCCACACGAUCACUCCUCAACUGUAUGCAACACUCUCUCUAUCUCAUCGUCAGGGUCAACUGCACUCUCAAAUGGUUUGUGCUCAAUCAAAACCCCAGAAUUCUCGCCCCUCUUCCUCCAAAUCCGUCUCCGGCAAUUGGAUCCGCCUUUGCCGCAAUUGGGUCAAAGAUUUUCGUAUUGGGUGGGUCAGUCAACGAUGUGGCUUCACCGACGGUUCAGAUUUUUGAUUGCCGGUUCGGUACGUGGGAGUUGGGGCCCAGAAUGCGGGUGGGGAGGGAGUUCGCGGCCGCCGGAGUUGUGGGUCGGAAGAUUUAUGUGAUGGGUGGGUGCUUGGUUGACACGUGGGCGAAGUCUGCGAACUGGGCGGAGGUUUUCGAUCCGGCGGCUGGACGGUGGGCGGGGGUGGAGAGUCCAGUGGAGGUGAGGGAGAAGUGGAUGCACGCGAGCGCGGUGGUGGAGGAGAAGAUCUACGCGAUGGCCGACCGCGGCGGGGUUGUGUUCGAGCCGGGGACGGCGGAGUGGGGCGGCGUGUCGACGGAGCUCGAUUUGGGGUGGAGAGGGAGGGCUUGUGUGGUGGAUGGGGUGCUGUAUUGCUACGAUUAUUUGGGCAAAAUCAGGGGUUUUGAUGUGAAGGAGGGGCUGUGGAAGGAGCUGAAGGGGUUGGAGAAGGGUCUGCCGAAGUUUCUGUGUGGAGCAACAAUGGCGAAUGUGGGAGGGAAUCUAGUUGUGUUGUGGGAAGGGAAAGGAAAUGGGAAAGAGAUGGAAAUUUCGUGUGCCGAAAUCGCUAUUCAGAAGUGCAGUGAUGGAGGCUUGCGCGGAUCAAUUGUGUGGUCGGAUGUGAUUCUUUCUGUUCCCAUUGGGUCUGCCACUGUUCACUGCUUGGCAGUUGCUGUGUGACCAUUGCUAAGCUCCAAGGUUUGUACAUUAUAUUGUUCUGUAAAUAGCCACAAAAUCUUGGUCUCUGAACAUGGAAAGAAAAUACAAUUUCAAUUUCUUUCUCCUUCCUCACCAGUCAGGAAUGUGGGAAACCAAUUCUAUCUGGUGUUGAAUUAAUCAUGCUCCUGAGCAGGCUACUGCCAUCAGUCACACAAUGGUCCAGAAGAGCUUCCUUGUAUGUGGUUUGGGAAAUUUCCUGACACCAGACCAGUUGCAGGAGUUACUCAAAAGAGGUUAGCUGGAGUUUAACUCCCUCACCUUUUCUUGCCAAUUCGGCUGCAUAUAAGUUCAAGUUCAUUAAGUUUUUAUUAGUUGUUGUAUUCAAGGAAUUUCUUUACAAUAAUAUUUAGAAUCUCUGUUCAUUUACAUUAGUUUGAUUUAUUAAUUUUUUUUAAUGCUUUUGAUU